AUGACGCUCCUGGCGACCGCAUCGGCCGACAAUGCGAUCAACAUCUACUCUGUUCCUUCAUAUCCUACGCCCGACACACCUUGGAAACACAUACGUACCCUGCGCGCACAUCUAGCAGGUGUGAACGCAAUAGACUGGUCUCCGGUCGGGCCAUCCUACACCCUAGUCUCGGCCGGCGACGACAAGUCCAUCCUCCUCUGGUCUCCCCUAUCGUCGGAUUUCCCCAUCGCGCCCUCACCUUUCAUGGGACACAGCAACUACGUUUACUCGCUUGCAUUCUCUCCCAAAGGGAACAUGCUUGUUUCCGGCUCCUUCGAUGAAGCGGUGUUCCUCUGGGACGUCCGCUCCGGCCGCGUGAUGCGCAGCCUCCCUGCACACUCUGACCCUGUCGGUGGCGUCGAUUUCUUAAGAGAUGGUACGAUGGUCUGUUCCUGCGCCGGGGACGGCUUGAUUCGCAUAUGGGAUGCCGGAACAGGGCAGUGUCUGAAGACGCUAGUGGACGAGGAUCGCAAGGCCGUUACGAGCGUGCGGUUCUCGCCAAACGGCAAAUUCCUGCUUGCCUGGACACUGGACAACUGCGUCCGGCUCUGGAACUACACCGAAGGGAGAUGUGUCAAGACGUACCAAGGCCACGUGAACCAGGAGUACAGCCUCAGCGGGACCGUGGGGAGUUACGCCUACAAGACCCGAAGUGGACAGCGGAGGCUGGAGGCGUUCGUGGCCAGUGGUAGCGAAGACGGCGACGUGCUGGUGUGGGACGUCACAAGCAAAGAAGUCCUCUGGCGGGGCAAGGGCCACCGCGACGUGGUGCUGGCCAUGGACUUCGGGCGGACCAAGGACGGCAAGGGGUUGCUGGUCAGCGGCGGCAAGGAUCGCGACUUACGGAUCUGGAUGCUGGAGGGUGACGACGAGGCGGAUGCCGACUUCUACGCCGGGGACAAACGAGACUCGGAGCACAGAGGAGGCCGCGACAAUGGCGGUGACGGUGACGACAACGACAUGGACAUGGACAUGCAGAUGACCAUGGACAUGGGCGAUGUGGUUGAGGGGCCGAUCUCUCGCGGCAAUCACGAUGUGCACAGAGACUCAGCAGGCGGUAGUGGAGGAGGAGGAGGAGCAGCAGCAGCAGCAUCAGCAUCAGCGGCGGGAGCAGUCGAUGGCAACCACAUGGACAUUGAUAGCGAAGGUGUUUGA